AUGUCAACGGUAGUGCCAAUGGGUAAGAAUUUCAAAGAGCACAACAAGAUUCAUAAAGAAAACCGUCGAAAAUGGCGCGAGGAGCGUUUGAUGAAGAAAAUGGCCACUUCUAAGCCGACCAAUUCUUCUCCACCAGAAUUAGAGUCUAAUCCUGCACCCGAGGUGGUUAAGAAAGUGGUUCCAACUUUAUCAAUCGCAGUUCCUGGGUCUAUAUUAGACAACGCGCAGUCCCAAGAAUUGCGGACUUACCUAGCUGGGCAAAUCGCAAGAGCGGCUUGCGUUUACCAGGUAGAUGAAGUGGUGGUCUUUGACGACCAGGGUGAGAUCACGGAAUUGGAAAGACACUCUAAGAAGGUCAAGGUGGAGACCACCUGGCAGACCGAGGGGGAAGGGGAAGGGUCUAGUGCUAAUUUGGCUUAUAGAAGAGCUUGCCUACAAUUAGCAAGGAUUCUUCAGUACUUGGAGUGUCCCCAGUACUUGAGGAAGUACUUCUUCCCAAUUCACAAAGAUCUGCAAUUUGCAGGAUUGUUGAACCCUUUGGAUGCUCCGCACCAUCUUAGGCAGAACGACUAUUGCCAGUUCAGAGAGGGCGUUGUGGUAGACAAGCCGCUGAAGCCUGGAAGAGGCUCCCAAGUUAAUUGCGGAUUGUUAAGGGACGUUGAGAUUGAUAAGACAAUUAGUCCUAACCUUAGGGUCACUGUUAGGAUCCCGGAAGGGAUUGAAGGCAAAAAGAUCAAGGGCCAGGUUGUUAGUCCCAGGACUCCCAAGGAAAAUGGAAUUUACUGGGGAUACUCUGUGAGAAUUGCUAGGAGCUUGUCGGAGAUUAUUGAAAAGUGCCCCUAUAAGGAAGGCUAUGAUGUUAUUGUAGGUACUUCGGAUAAAGGAAAAAGUGUGGAUCACCUGGAUGAUGGAGCGCUGGUUUACAGGAGAGGCUUGAUCGUCUUCGGAGGACUCGCUGGACUUGAAGCGGCGCUUGAAGCUGAUCCAAAGCUGGAUUUGGAGGAUCCCAAGCUGCUUUUUGGAGAGUAUGUUAAUACUUGUCCGAGGCAAGGGUCUAGGACGAUUAGGACCGAGGAGGCGAUUCUGAUCAGUCUUGCGGAGAUGAGGAAGAAAAUGGUACCCUGGAAUGAAUUGUAA